AUGUCUCCGCUGAGGAUUCCCUACACAAACCCGCUGCCCCCCGCCAUCGUCUUUCCCAAGACCGCGAGCAGUGUCGCCGGCGCCAUCGAUGCUGUGGCCGCCUUCUUCUCCGCUCCCCCAUCGCCCUUUCUGCAGGGCGUCGAUGUAGGCAAAAACGGCCAGACCGUCUUCCUCACCGGCGCCGGCAUCUCGGUCGCCUCCGGACUGUCCGAUUACAGGGGGGAGAACGGCACGUACGUUCGGAACAAGACUUAUCGGCCGACCUACUAUCACGAGUUUGUGACACGGCACGAAUCGCGCAAACGAUACUGGGCCCGCAGCUUCGUCGGCUGGCCUGGCCUGGUCAAAGCGAAGCCGAACUCUACGCACCGGGCCAUUGCAGAGCUGGCGGCAAAGGGCUAUAUCAGCUGCGUCGUGACGCAGAAUGUAGAUUCGUUCCACCCGGCCGCCCAUCCGGGUCUGGCGACCAUCGAGCUGCAUGGCUUUCUCCGGUCUGUCGUGUGCAUCAACUGCCACAACCAACUCCCGCGACAUGAGUUUCAGCAGGCUCUGACGCGGCUGAAUCCCGCCUGGGCCGAUUUUCUACACGAAAUGCUCGAGUCCGGUGCGUUGGACACGAACAACCGGGAGGAGCAGCAGAGGCGAGGGCUGAAGCUCAACCCGGACGGCGAUGUUGACCUCCCUCACGCCCCGUACUCGCACUUCCGAUACCCUGCAUGCCCGCACUGUCUGGCGCAUCCUCCGGUGCUGAAAGACGGCUCGCGCGGACUCGUGGAAACGGAGAGCGACGGCGCGUGGGCAUCGCCAUCGACCGCGGGCAUUCUGAAGCCGGCCGUCAUCAUGUUUGGCGAGUCGACCAGCCCUGUAGUCCGCACUGCAGCCGAAGAAGCCAUCGACGACGCCGGCCGGCUCCUGGUCAUGGGCAGCAGCCUGGCAACCUACUCGGCAUGGCGCUUAGUGGAACGAGCACACCACAGGGGGAUGGCGAUUGGCAUCGUCAACGUGGGCGGAGUCCGCAACGAGUCCCGGCUGUUUGGAGAGCUCCUCGGCGAGCGGUAUAUGCAGAACCAUGUACGCUGCGACCACAAGUCGGAGAUGGUCCUCCCUGAGGUUGUGUCCAGACUGCCGCCGCUUGUAUAG